AUGCCGCCCAAGCGCAUGACCGCCAAUCCGGUCAAGCCAUCGCGCCACCGACCCGGCAAGCAAACACUCGACUCUUCCUCCGAUUCAGACUCCGAUGGCGCCAGCGAUAACGGCGCAUCCGCCGCGGCUGUGCCCCCUCCGCCCAAAGCAGCGAGCGCGGGCCGGAUUGCCGGUGGGGACCUGUCCAAAGUUGACCUCGAAGCGCGGCGAAGAGAAGCCGCCAAGGCUGAGGAAUUGCGACUCGCAAAAGAAACGGCCGAGAAAACCGCGGUUGAGGAAGGUUUUGUGACAGAGGAGGAGGAGGAGGAGGAGGAGGAGGAGGAGGAAGGAAGCGAAGACGAUGACGAAGAUGAAGACGAGGACAACGACCCGGAAGAGGAGAGCAGCAGCGAAGACGAGGCACCGCGACGACUCAUGAUGCGACCCAAGUUUGUGCCGAAAGCGCAACGAGGCACAUCCACAAAAGAAGACGAAGAGGAGAGGGCGCGGCUCGCAGAGGAGGAGGCGAAGAAAAGAUUGGCCGAUGAACUCGUGGAGGAGCAGAUCAAGAAGGACCUGGCCGCGCGCGCCGCGGGCAAGAAACACUGGGACGACGAGCAGGAUCCCGACUCUGACGUCGACACGACCGACGGGCUGGACCCCGAGGCGGAGGAGAAGGCAUGGCAGGUCCGCGAGCUGAAGCGUCUGCGCAGAGCCCGCCUCGAGGUCGAGGAGAAGGAAAAGGAGCUCGAGGAGGUGGAGCGACGACGUAACCUGACCGCGGAGGAGCGACAAGCCGAAGACGAGGAGCACCUGGCCAAGCAGCAGGCCGAGAAGGAAUCCAAGGGCAAGGUCGACUUUAUGCGCAAGUACCAUCACAAGGGCGCCUUCUUCCAGGAGGACAUGGAGAAGGCCGGUCUGGCGCAGCGUGAUAUCAUGGGCACCCGGAUAGCCGACGAGGUGCGGAACCGGGACACGCUGCCGGCGGCCAUGCAGAUCAGGGACAUGUCAAAGCUGGGCAAGAAGGGCGCGACAAAGUACAAGGACAUGCGGAGCGAGGACACGGGCGCCUGGGGACGCUUCGACGACAGGCGGGACAGGCGGCAUCACAACGGCGGCGGUGGGGGGGACGACAGGUUCCGACCCGACGACGACCGCUUCAAGCCCGACGAACGGGAUGCGAGGGGAUCCAACAGUAUACCGCUCGGGAGGAAGCGGGACAUGUCGCGCGAGGCAGAGCGAGACGGGGACAAGAGGCGGCGGACAGACACAGACUAA